AAUAGAAAUGGAACAGAAACGAACCAUCUUGUCAGUGUGUGGAAGGAGCUAAGCUAGCCAUGAGCUAAUUGACCGAUGCUAUACCUCAGUAACAUUUUACAUUUAAAGUCUAUAUUCAGCGUCUAAGGGGUCAUUUAAAAGCUGCACAUCAUGGGUGAACCACAGCAGGUCAGCGCCCUGCCUCCUCCGCCUAUGCAGUACAUUAAGGAGUACACAGAUGAAAAUAUCCGCAAGGGUCUGGCUCCCAAGCCGCCUCCACCUAUCAGAGACAGUUACAUGAUGUUUGGCAACCAGUUUCAAUGUGAUGACCUUAUUAUCCGUCCUCUGGAGAGCCAAGGCAUCGAGAGGCUCCAUCCUGUGCAGUUUGACCACAAACGGGAGCUCAAGAAACUCAACAUGUCCAUUCUUGUGAACUUUCUGGACCUGCUCGACAUCCUUAUCAAGAGUCCCGGCAGUAUUAAGCGCGAAGAGAAGCUGGAGGACAUAAAGCUUUUGUUUGUUCAUAUGCACCAUCUGAUAAAUGAGUACAGACCCCACCAAGCCAGGGAGACACUGAGGGUGAUGAUGGAGGUGCAGAAGAGACAGCGGCUAGAGACGGCAGAGAGGUUCCAGAAACACCUGGAGAGGGUUGUGGAGAUGAUCCAGGGAUGCCUUGCCUCAUUACCCGAUGACUUACCUCAGAUGGAGGGUUCAGAAGGUGUUAGUGAUAUCACAAAGAGUGUGUCAGCAGCUGUUGGUGGUUCCUCUGGGCAGGCCCCAAGGCUAAAAACAGAACCCAUGGAUGUGGAGGAAGCAGGCAGCAGCUGCAUGGCCACAGGUCACCAGGACAAAAACAUCCUUGCGUCAAAGAGGGACAAAAUAUGGGACAAGGAUGCCGCCAUGUGCAGUAUUAUUGAUGAAAUAGCCUAGGUUUAAUUUUGGGUAGUUGUUUAUGUUUUCUAUACCUAAAUGAUUGGGGGGGGUUGUGUUGUACUGAGUGUCACUAUGGGUAUGUUUGCUGGUUUUACUGGGUCUGAAGUCACACUUGGCAUUGAAUGGUGCUUUUGUUUUAAGUCAUGUAGAUAUUAUUGCCAGUUUCUGUAUUCAAAGACUUUAAGUAUCACGCUGAUCAAUUGGGCUACCAACUUCCAGUUUUUACAAUAAAACCAAUAAAGAAAAUUCUUUUGGCAGUA